CUCUCCACGUACACUCCCUUCUGUCCACACCCUCUUCUUUCUCUCUCUAAAAAGCUAAUUCGAUCAAAAAAAAAAAACCCAACUCCAAUUCUCCUUCACCAGAUUCUCCGUCCUCAAUUCUGCUCACACUCUUCACUCCCAACAAAUGAAUUGCUGGGUUCACUGAGAUUUUUCAAGAAACCCACUCUUUUUUUUGUAAAGAAAAAAAGAUGGCUUCUUUUACAGCUUCUUUAGCUGCUCCUAUUUUACCGGAAAUCAUCUUCCGUUCUCCCCAUAACCCGACAAGAAAGUUCAAGCUAUCCCCCUUCAGACCCAUUAAUCUUCGGACAAGAAUUACAGCUGUUCAGAGAGAAGAGAGCGCUGUUCUCGACGAAAAGGACACUGAAUUGGCGACUAAGCUUAAUAGCAGGGUUAAUGGGAAUGCAAAUGGGGGUUAUGGCUACAGUAAUGGUUCGGUUGGAAAUUACGGAAAUGGGUCUGUGAAAUUCGAGAGCGGCGAUGAGAAUUUGGACAAGUAUGUUGUAAAUGGGAAUGGGAGGAGAGAGAAAGUGUUGCAAUUGGGAGAUGGGGUUAGUAAGAACAAGACUGUGGAGGAGAUUGGGCAAGAGGAUGCUUGGUUUAAGCAGAGUCGAGUCGAGGUAUCUGUUGCUCCCGGUGGUCGUUGGAACAGAUUUAAAACCUAUUCGACGAUUCAGCGCACCCUCGAAAUAUGGGGAACUAUUCUCACUUUUAUCUUCCGAAUUUGGUUAAACAAUCAGAAAUUCUCUUACAGAGGUGGAAUGACGGACGUAAAAAGGGUUCAAAGGCGAAAGAUUCUCGCAAAGUGGUUGAAAGAAAAUAUUUUGAGACUGGGCCCCACAUUCAUCAAAAUCGGUCAGCAGUUCUCUACAAGAGUAGAUAUUCUCGCACAAGAAUACGUCGAUCAGUUAUCGGAGCUUCAGGAUCAAGUUCCUCCUUUUCCUUCAGAAACAGCUGUAUCGAUAAUCGAGGAAGAACUUGGAGCACCUGUAGAUAAUAUAUUUGAAAGAUUCGACCGAGAGCCAAUUGCAGCAGCAAGUCUCGGCCAGGUCCAUCGAGCGAAAUUGAAGGGGCGAGAAGUUGUUAUCAAAGUACAAAGACCUGGUCUUAAAGAUUUGUUCGAUAUCGACCUUAAAAAUCUAAGGGUAAUAGCUGAGUAUCUUCAGAAAAUCGAUCCUAAAUCUGAUGGUGCGAAAAGGGAUUGGGUCGCUAUCUAUGAUGAAUGUGCAACUGUCUUAUAUCAGGAAAUCGACUAUACGAAAGAAGCUGCAAAUGCCGAGAAAUUUGCGGAAAAUUUCAAGAAUUUGGAUUACGUCAAAGUCCCGACAAUAGAUUGGGAAUACACUACCCCACAGGUUCUAACAAUGGAAUAUGUUCCGGGAAUCAAAAUGAACAGAAUAAAAGCCUUGGACCAGUUGGGUAUGGAUCGCAAGAAGUUGGGUCGUUAUGCUGUCGAAUCUUACCUGGAGCAGAUAUUGUCUCACGGAUUUUUCCAUGCUGAUCCACAUCCCGGAAAUAUUGCUGUGGAUGAUUUCAAUGGUGGAAGAUUGAUUUUUUACGACUUUGGGAUGAUGGGAAGUAUAAGUCAAAACAUCAGAGAAGGUUUGCUAGAAGUAUUUUACGGAGUUUACGAAAAAGAUGCUGAAAAGGUGCUUCAAGCAAUGGUUCAAAUGGGUGUUUUAGUCCCUACAGGAGAUAUGACAGCUGUCAGACGAACCGCUCAGUUCUUCCUCAACAGCUUCGAAGAACGCCUUGCGGCGCAAAGAAAAGAAAAGGAAUUAGCGACACAAGAACUCGGAUUUAAGAAGCCGUUGAGCAAAGAGGAAAUGGUCGAGAAAAAGAAGCAACGUCUUGCUGCAAUAGGUGAAGAUUUAUUGGCAAUUGCAGCAGAUCAACCAUUUAGAUUUCCCGCCACUUUCACGUUUGUUGUUAGAUCAUUUUCAGGUAUACUUAAUUUCGUUUAAUUUCGACUAUGUUCUCGAUUUAAUUUAUUUUCACCAAAAUUGGCUCGAAGAGGAAUAAACAUUAAUUAAUAAAAUAAAUGCUGAAAAAUACGAGCUCUCGAUUAUAUACAGGAUUUCAGAAAGAGAUGGGAUAGACAAUCCCAAGCAGUUUUUAAUUUAUUUAGGCAGGCCGAUAGAGUCGAAAAGCUUGCUGACAUCAUCCAGCGACUGGAGCAAGGAGAUUUGAAACUUCGUGUAAGAACAUUGGAAUCGGAGAGGGCUUUUCAACGUGUUGCCGCCGUUCAAGACAUGGUUGGCAGUGGAGUUGCUGCUGGAAGCUUAGUCAACCUUGCCACAAUACUACACCUUAAUUCGAUCCAGAUGCCGGCUACCAUUGCGUUCAUCUUGUGUGCAUUUUUCGGCCUUAAAGUUCUGAUCGGCAUGAUUAAGGUUAAGAAAUUCGAUCAAAGAGAACGCCUAAUCACCGGAACUGCUUAAAUAAACGUCUUCAAACUCAAUAAUGAUAUUCGAGCGAUAGCUUUGUUGUGAUUUCAAUGGCGGUUGAUAAUCGCAAAUUUCGGAAAUCGGGAUCGUUCAUUUGAAAUUGAAACCACAUUUAAACGGCAGCUUGGACGGUAAAUCUUUAUUUGAGAGUCGAAACAUAUAUAUGUGGCGUUAAUUUUGUUUCCAUAGUCGAUUCUCUCUCUCUCUUUCUUGAUCUCUCUCUUGAUCUCUCUCUCGAUUUUUGGGGGUAGCUCUCUAUAUAUGUAGAUAUAUAUAUAUAACUGUAUAGUUAACUAUGAAUGAAUGAGGCAAGAGGCCAUGUAAACAUAUUUGAGAUAUAUAUUUAUUAUUCUGACAAAAUUUGAGUUAUUAACAUGCAAAUUAAUUUUUUUGCAUUGUUUGUUA